GGUGCGCAGGUUCCUGUCGUGCGCCACGAGCGCGCUCCGCGCGCGGCUCUUCUCCAGCGGGGGGCCCGUGUCUUCCGUGGUGAUGGUGGGGAUGUUGCGGGGAAGCUCCGGCCCCGGCUCGCCCACUCCCCGGGCCGAGUGGGCCUCCUCUCGCCCGCCGCAGCCGGCAGCGUGUCCGCGCGACUGCAUCGUGAGUGUCCGGGCGAAGAGCAAAGGAAGGCUGCCGCCCAACGUCGGUCCGAGGCGGCGGGGCGGACUCGCUGGCAGGCGCGGCCCACCGGCAAGUCUACUCAACCGGAAGAUACGACCGCAGUGGCCAACUGAAGAGGCGGGACUGCAAUGGAAGUAAACAGACUCACCGUAUUAUAAAAGUAUGUGCACAAUAACACCUUCUUUACAGCACCCAGUGAUCUGUCCAACUCACUCGUUGUGAAACCAUGGUGAUGAAGUGUUCUGUGGGUUGCCUUGUGGCACUGGUCUUGCUUGGCAGUUUAUGUGAUGCUCAAUACGGAAAACCCAUACGCAACCCUAUCCAGAAGCCAGCACAACCUGUGAGACAGGAGCCCAGCAAACAGGUGCCUCAACAGCCCGAACAGUCAAGGCAGACUUUCGAGAAACCACUCACCUGGAGGUAUCCUGAAAUUCCCCAGCCUGUUACCCAACCAGAGGUGCCUUUUGAGCUGAGAUAUCCCGUUCCUGCUGCAACUGUUGCUGUCGAGUGCAGAGAACAGAUUGCUCAUGUGGAAGUCAAGAAGGACUUGUUUGGGAUUGGCCAGUUCAUCAAUCCUGCCGAUCUUACCCUCGGAACGUGUCCUGCUGCCGCAGAGGACACUGGUGCUCAAGUGUUGAUUUUUGAAUCUCUGCUCCAUGAUUGUGGCAGCUCAUUAGCAAUGACAGAACAUGCCCUCAUCUACACCUUCUUUCUGAAGUAUGCUCCUCAAACUCUGGGUGGUUCUCCUGUGGUGAGGACUUCUCCAGCUGCUGUGAUUGUGGAAUGCCACUACCCGAGGAAGCACAAUGUGAGCAGCUUGCCUCUCGACCCCUUCUGGAUCCCAUUCUCUGCAGUUAAGAUGGCAGAGGAGUUCUUAUACUUCUCACUGAAACUCAUGACUGAUGACUGGCAAUUUGAGAGGCCAAGGUACGAGUAUUUCCUGGGAGAUUUAAUUAAUAUUGAGGCCAUCGUCAAGCAAUACAACCACGUGCCCCUUCGUGUUUAUGUGGACCACUGUGUAGCUUGCCUUUCCCUUGAUGCAUCCAGCCCCAGAUAUGCCUUCAUUGAGAACCAUGGCUGUUUGGUUGAUGCUAGGAUCACUGGCUCUGCCUCAAAGUUCAUGCCUCGUGUAGCAGAGAACAAGGUUCAGUUCCAGUUGGAGGCCUUCAGGUUCCAGGGUGCCGAUAGUGGACUGCUCUACAUUUCCUGCCACUUGAAAGCAACAUCAACUGCCUAUGCCUUUGAUAGUGAACAUAGAGCUUGUUCCUACAUCAACGGGUGGAAGGAGGCCAGUGGUGCUGAUGCAGCCUGUGGCUCCUGUGAGUCUCCUGAAUUUGGCGCUCCACUUCAACCUGGUGGGAUUAAUGUUCCAGUUGGUGGAUAUCCCGGUUCAUCUGGUUCAUUAGCCACUGCAGCUGGUGGAGUUGGCUCUGGCUCUACUUCUGGUGGAUAUUGGGGUGGCACUGGUUCAGGUGGAUCAUCCCCUCUGUCUCAUCCUUCAAGGAAGAUGCGUGAUGUGUCCCAAAGUGAAAUUUUGGAAUGGGAAGGUGACGUCACCUUGGGUCCCAUCAGCAUUGGAGAGAGGGUGAUUGCCUAACUCAAUGCCCUGCCACAGCAAUGUCCAUCAAAAUAAACAUUCUCAUUGGUACAUA